AUGCGGUACCGUGGCGUCAGCUUUGCUCCCAGCGCAAGCACACCCUCGAAUCCUCUCGCGAACUUGAAUCGCACGACUGCAACAGCUGCUACGUCGCAACCUGCUCAGCAGCAGCAGCAGCAGCGCGAGGGCUCGCAACCGUCGGAAUCGCGCCAGUCUACACCAACUACGGAUACUCCGUCCACCAACAAUGGCCGUCCAUCGUUCCUCGCAGCGCGCCAACAAGCAGCCAAGCCCGGCGCGGCACUCGCGUCCUCGUACGGCAAAGGCGCGGCGAUAUUCGCAAGGAUGGGCUACGUCGAAGGCCGCGGCCUCGGUUCCGACGGCAGCGGGAUCUUGAACCCGAUCGAGCAGAAGAUGCGGGCGGGACGGCUUGGACUCGGAGGCAUGAAGGAGAAGACGAAGCAGGAUAUCGAGGAGGCGAAGCGUCGGGGCGAGAAGGUCGAGGAAAGUGAAGACGAGAGCGCGGAGGGAGGGAAGGCGAAGAAAGCUAAGAAGCGGAAACGGGAGGAGUUUCAGGCGCGGCCGAGGGUGUCGUAUCGGACGGUGGAGGAGAUCGAGGCAUCGGGUCUUGCUGUGCCGUCGGUGUGGAAGAACGUGAUUGAUAUGACGGGCGCGAAAUCGAAAAUCAUCGAGGAUAUGUCUGGGUUCAAGACCGUUGACGAGACGAAUACAGAGGACGCGGAGCGGAUACAGAAGGCAGAGCUGGCGCGGAUGAAACUGGAGCAGUACGCCGACGAGUGGGAGUCCCUGCAGACACGCGCGAAAUGGGUCGCAGCAGAGACGGAGCGGAUCACCAAAGAAACCGACGAGGAAACCGAGAGCAUCGACCGGCUGGGCCGGGUGAUGGAGCUUGCUAUCGAGCUUCGAGAACAGACAAAGCUCUCGGGUGAUCUGAUGGCCAGCAACCCGCAAGCGGUCUUGAGCUCGAUCGCGGGAAAGCUCGAUUCGCUGCAGUUUGAGUUUGCGUUGGAAGCCGAGAGGUUCAGGUUGGAUGAUGUAGCGAUUGCCGCGCUGCAUCCGGUUCUGCAAAAGCUGAUGGUGGACUGGGAUCCGAUUGCGAAUCCUACGUUUCUUAAAGAUUACAUCCUGCGGUGGCAGAUUCUGCUCCGUGUGAACGCAACCGAUCGGAAAGAAGACGGCGAAGACGUGGCGGUCGACGACAUCUACCUCCACCACAAGCGCCAUCUGGCGUCCAAGAACCGCGCUACGCUCUACGAAAGCAUGAUGGCCUCGAUCUGGCUGCCACGCGUGCGACAAGCCCUGCUCAACGAAUGGAACGUGCACGACCCGGCGCCGAUCGUCCUGCUUCUCGAAGAAUGGCAUAAAGUCCUUCCGGGGUUUAUUGAAAUCCAACUGAUUGAGCAGAUCGUCCUGCCGCGGCUGCGCGCCGCGGUCGAGGCGUGGAAUCCGAAGCGGAUAAACCAGACGGAGCCGCUGCCGCAUGUGUGGAUAUUCCCGUGGAUGCCGUUUCUGAAGCAGAACCUCGACGGGCUGGUUGCCGACGUGAGAGUUAAGCUGGGCUCGGUGCUGCGCGGCUGGGAUGUCUCGAAGGGUGUUGUUGAGGGUCUGUCGGCGUGGAAGGAGGUUAUUGGGAAGGACCUUGACGCGCUUUUGGUACGGCAUAUAUAUCCAAAGCUGGCGGGGUUGCUCGUGUCUGAGUUUGAAGUCAACCCUGCCGAUCAAGAGAUGGGUCCAUUACUGACCGUUUUCAAAUGGCGACGUCUGUUUCGAACGCGCACGUUCAGCACCCUUUUACUCGACGAGUUUUUCCCGAAAUGGAACGGCGUGCUUUUUCUCUGGCUUACCUCGACGCCGGACUUUGACGAGGUCGAGCAGUGGUACCAGUUUUGGAAAAAACAGUUUCCAAAGGAACUGUUGCGGUACCCGGAGAUUGAGAGCGCGUUCAGUCGUGGGCUGGCGCUGAUUAAUGAAGCUGCUGCGCUGGGUGCUCGUGCCGCGGAUGAGUUGCAGCCGAUCACUAAUACCCCUGAUCGGAAAUUCGCGCGCGAGCAACCCUCCGCACCGGCACAGCCAGACGCGACAUCUUCCGCGCAUCUGGAGAGCACGUUCAAGGACGUGGUCGAGGAUUUUUGUCUGGAAAACAAUUUACUCUUCAUCCCGCUUCGCAAAGCGCACGAUUUGCUGGGUCAUCCGCUGUACCGGAUCACCGCGGCCGCGAGCGGGCGAGGUGGGUUUAUGUGUUAUUUUGAGAACGAGAUUAUGUGGGUGAAGGCGAGGGGGAAUGUGGCGGAGGAUCAGCUGGAGUGGGAGCCGAUGGAUUAUAAUGAUAUUGCGGAGUGGGCGCAGUUUAGGUGAUGUACGAUAGCUAUAGAUGGGUGUUUGGGCAGUUUAUUUUACCGUUGUGUUUUUUGUAUAAAAUGUAGUAUAAAAUGUAAUAUAGCAUCGUUCAUUGCAGU